AUGAGCGGGUCGACAAACAAUCCACCGCUGGCGUCGGUUGAUUCAAAGGCGGCAGAGCCAGAACUGUCGUCUCCUCCGACGAUUACGGACCAGGAGAUUGGCGAAUUUCGUGAGCAAGACCGAGUGUUACCGAUUGCCAACAUUGCGCGCAUAAUGAAGAAUAGUGUGCCAAUGACGUCCAAGAUUUCAAAAGAGGCCAAGGAGGCUGUUCAAGAAUGUAUUUCCGAGUUUAUCAGCUUUAUCACAUCCGAAGCGGCGGAAAAGUGUCACGACGAGAAGCGAAAGACUAUUGGGGGCGAGGAUGUACUGUAUGCAAUGAUGUUGCUCGGGCUUGAACAGUAUGUCGAGCCGCUCAAGAUCCAUCUGGCCAAGAUGCGGGCGCCGUCAGCAGCAAACGGAAUCGAUGCUGAGCCUCAAGAAGACGAGCAAGGGGACACGUCAAUGUCUUAG